AUGCGUCGCCUUGACUCCACUCAAUUCCCCGUUGAUGAGGCAGUGACGGCUGCGGGUCUGGUUGUCCUUGAUACCUGGAUGGUGGUAAACUACUCCACUAAAUACGGCGAGGAGCGUCUUCCUCCUUCGGCGAAGACACCCUCCUUCAUCCGCCUUGUAGUGGAUGUAGAGAUGUUCUGCCAGACCCUCUGGCGUCCUCCUACUCCUGAUUUUGACAUGUCUAGCCUACCAAACGUAGAGCAGUUGCAGUCCCUAUCUCCCGAGGAACAAAUGGCACGGUGGGAGGCGGCGGGCGUGAAGCGAGAGGCACUGCAAUGCCGUCUACUCUACGCCUCUCAAAUUAAUCCAGGUGGAUGGGCUCCUGCCGCUGUGGUUCGUACAAUGGCUCGGCGUGAAUAUCCCCACUUUCUUCGACGUAUCAGCGAAUUUGUAGUUGGGCAUACAGCAGAAAAGGCCCUGAAAUUCUAA